UGGAAUAAUUUUCAAAUGUUUGUUUCCAGUUAACAAUGAACAAGAACCAGGCCUGGCUGAAAUAAAGAAAAAAUUUUCAUUCCAAAAGCCCGAAGAAUAUGGCUGAGUCGGGCAUGGAACAUUUUGUAACAACAGUCUCUGAGGAUCAUGAGACUACAUGCUGGGGUUGUGGAUUGCGCCUCCUUCUUCCAACUUACGCACCAGUUUUCAAGUGUGGUUGGUGUGGAGCCAUAACAAAUCAAAAUGUUAAUAAACCUGAAACCAAGUGUCUUUGGUGGAGGCGCUUGCGUGAUCGGUGCUUUGUUUGUAUUCUCUUCAUAUUUAUGCUCUUUGUAAUAUGUGGGGGGAUCUGGGCGGUGUAUCCUGUUGUUUUCUCUGUCAGCUAUACCUGUGGGAUUGUUCAUUCCAUCUUAACAAUGAUCUUGGCUUCAACUACUGUUUCUACCUUCAGUUUAGCAGCAUUCCGAUGUGCCGGCAGACCGCCAAUCAUAUUGUGGGGUAGCUAUCCAGUUGUAGGGAAAGGUGACCUUGAAAACUAUACCUUCUGCCACUAUUGUUCAAAGCCGAAAUCACCGAGAUCACAUCACUGCCGUUCAUGUGGAAUAUGUGUAUUGGACAUGGAUCAUCACUGUCCUUUUAUAGGGAAUUGUGUUGGUGCAGCAAAUCACCGGCACUUCAUCGCCUUCCUUUUUUCUGCUGUUUUCAGUACAAUCUAUGUUUCAAUCAUGUCUGCAUAUGCAGGGUGGCAUAUCUGGCCACCAUUAAAGUAUAGAUCUCUUGGCCACUUGAACGGUUUCGGCAGCAGUGAUUUGGCAUUGAGUGCAUUCAAGGAAGUUAUUUUUGCUUUGCAGAGUUCUGCAGUGCAAAUGUCUGCUAGGGGGCUUAUUCUUUUCUAUCUGUUUAUUUCGAGCGUUUCUUUGGAGAUCGGUUUAAGUGCUCUUCUAUGGCAGCAGCUAUGUUAUAUAUACGAAGGUAAAACUUACCUGAGCCAUUUAAGUUCACAGGGAGGUGAUCAGAUUGAUGAAAAAGAUUGCCAAAAUAUUUUUCGGUUUUUUGGUUGUCCAUAUUCCGUUUUAAGAUGCUUGCCUAGCCUGCGAAAUUCACCGAAAAUACACAAGAAAUGAAAAGAAAGAUCGUUUUCAGUUUUUUUUUUUUUUUUUAACAAUAGAUUCAGGGUAGAAAAAAAUUCUUACAUUACCCUUUUUUAUCAUUUUCCACUCUUUGUUUUGUAAAACUUCAAAUCAAUGUAUUGGAUUUGGAUAAUUGUAAUUGGGUUGAAUGAUUACAAUUUUAAUUGUUAAAAACCAAAUGUGUGAAUCCACACCAAGAUGUUGGAUGAUAAUAUGUAGCUCCGAUUUGAGUAUACCAGUGGCUAAAACAUAGCCUAAAAGCAUCUCCCAAC